AUGGACUUAAUCUCCAUUAUUCCGCCCAUAAUCGGCGUUAUUCUGUUCCCCAUUUUGAUCAUUUUGUGCGGCAAAUGCCGCGCCAAACACCGUGCCAAACGGCAGAAGCAUAAGGAUAAAGCUCGAGGAGGCGAUGUCGAAAUGGGUAGUGGGGCCGGCGAAUUGAAGGACGGGAACUUGGUUGUUUUGGCCGGCGCCGGAGAAGAUGUCAGCGCCGGUGGUGCAGUGACAGCAACAGUGGUUGGUAGCGGGGAUAGGAACAAGGGGGUGGUAGUGGAGCAGCAACCGGAAUCAGCAGUACUAGAGAUGCUAAUAGAUUGUUUUUGCGGUGGUGAUGACAGUGGCGGUGAUGAUGUUGGUGAUAAUGGUGGCGCUGAUUGUUGUUGUAGCGGUGGUGGUGAUGGUGAUGGCGGCGGUUGUGGCGGCGGUUGUGGAGAUACGGAUGAAGGAGGAGGUGAUGUCGAAAUGGCUACUCCGGCCUCAGAACAAAGAGAUGGGAAUAUCGUUGUUUUGGCUGGGGCCGGAGAAGCCACCGCGAGAAUUGUUGGUACGUACCAGGGUUGUUGUUGCGGUGAUGGUGAUGGGGUGGUUGCGAGGGUUGUGGUGGAUGUGGAGAUUAAUUUGCACUUUUGA